UAUUCCCUUCAGCGGCAAGGCACAUCGAAGCAUCGAGAUCGACUGAAUGAAAUCGGACAUUUAUGGAUGUGACAUGUGUACCCUUAUCUUUCCUCGUUUCCCCUUAUGCAAAAAUAUCGUUUCGUCUUCCAAUAUCCCCGCAAUUACACCCGCUGACACUGACCCUUGGUAAUAGUGGAAAGGGUGGAGAACACGUUCGUGGUGUGGGUAUCUCCUCACAUUCCUUACUUUCCCACCUCCACCUACAAGAUCUAUCACCCUUGUCAAUCCACUGAGCGCCUGUCUAUAUGUCGGACAAUGACACUGACACUGAACCCUAUCUUUUCGUCGAGAAAUGUGGUUCAACCCGAGGGAACCCGAUAUACGUGAUCACAAAGCACAUCCCCGCUAUGAAUGGCUAUUCGAGUAGGACGAGGGAAAUAAGAUGUAUGGAUUUAGGUGGCGAAGCUCUCGGUUCAUACAAGGCUCGCCAAGGAGGCUGUACACACAUACAGUUUUUCAACCACGCUGAACACCUCAAUUGUACUGGGUGUGGCAUGGAGUUCUCCAAAGUAAUGCUUCGCCAAAACGCCUACAUCGAGAUCAAAGGCCUCCCUUCCUAAUUCCCCCGACGCUCGGUCACCGUUCUCUCAUCUGCUAUGCUUCCAAUACGGUUUGGCAAUCGCAA